AUGCCACCUUCGGAUGAUGAAUUUCAAGAUGCAGCUUCGAAUUCCUUUCCUACGGGAAAUGAAGUAGACAAUGGUAAAGAAGCACCUCCCAUCACGAAUCAACCUACAAAGAGUAAGAAGAAUAAAAAGAAGAAUAAAAAGCAGCAACAAAAUGAUACAUCCUCUGUAUCUUCUUUUACUGGUGAAAGUUCUAAUUAUGAAAAUAAUAAUGAAAGUAAUGAACUUGUAAAUACGAAUGAAAAGAUUGAUCUUGCCAAUAAUGACGACCCCAUAGAUAAGCGCGGUAACGACGAUACUAUAACUGAAGAUGCUGAAGAUGUUAAUAACCCGGUUGGAAAACAAACAGAACAGCUCAGAGUAGUUUUGCCUAAUCCAGUGAAAGUCGUUACACCAGAUACUUCGUUCAUUGACGAGCCGGAAAACGACAAGCAGAGUUCCACUUUACCUAACGGAAAACCCAGUUUACCAAACAGAAAGCCAAUUCUGGAAUGUUUGAGAUUGGACCAACCUUCAGCCCAAAUAUUGGAAGGUACAACUGAAGCUUCCAAUGAUAAAAUGAAUACAAUUUCCAAUAGUUAUAGAAAAGAAAGUAAUAACUUCUUAUUAGAGUCGAAGUUCAAUCAAUUAAAUAGAGAGUUUGAAUCGAAAGAUUUAAAGUUGAAAGAGCUGAUUAACUCUGGUACAGAGAACAUAAAGAAGACUUUCAAUGACAUUAAGAACACCGUUGGAGGGUUCAGUGACAUGUUUGAUUAUCAAAUAGAUUGGGAAUUUUGGACCAGAAUUGUGAACGAUUAUGAAUCUGUUAUCCAGAAUGAAUCGAAUGAAUUGAAUAAUCUCAUAAAUAAAGGUAUACCAAAAGAGUUCAGAGGCAUAAUUUGGCAACUAAUCGCUAAAUCUAAAAACUUCCAAUUGGAAGAAUUUUAUUUCAACUUGAAGAGUGAAUCCUCAGUCCAUGAGAAAUCAAUUAAAAGAGACUUAACAAGAACCAGUUUUUUUACAAAUGUUGAACAAGUCAAUAAGGGUGAAGAAUUAUUUAAUGUGAUCAAGGCAUAUUCGUUAUUUGACCCUGAUGUAGGUUACACACAAGGUAUGAUUUUUAUCACUGUUCCUCUAAUAAUGAAUAUGAGUGAAUCCGAGUGCUUCUGUUUAUUGGUGACGUUAAUGAAGGAUUACAAUUUAAGAUCUUUAUUCUGCCCAGAAAUGAAAGGAUUGCAUUUAUUACUAUAUGAGUUCGAUAGAUUAUUAGAGAUAAACUUGCCGAAUUUGUACAAUCACUUGGUCAAACAGGGUAUUAAAUCUUCAAUGUAUGCAUCCCAGUGGUUUUUAACGUUUUUCGCCUAUAAAUUCCCAUUGGAUAUAGUAUUAAGAAUUUAUGAUAUUCUUAUCACGCAGGGGAUUGAAUCGAUCUUAAAGUUUGCCGUUAACUUAAUGAUAAAGAACGAAUCAAACAUUACUCUGCUCAAGUUUGAUAAACUUUUAGACUUCUUGAAGAAUAACUUGUUCAAUGUUUAUGUCAAUGACGAAUUUAUCAAUGGUAGCAAUAGCACAAAUAGUAGUCAAAGCGAUUUGUCGGGGUCUGGUGUUUCUAGACGGUUUUCCUUGUUAGGAGGAAGAAGAAGCAGUGCUGGUGGUGCUCGUUCAAAGUCCCAUAAUUACUACAAACUUAAUGAAUUGGUAGAUGACUCGAUGCAAAUUAACGUCAUUCCAUUAGAUUUGAGUAAAUUUGAAGCCGAAUUUGAAAACAUAUAUUUGAACGAAAAAUCGAAGUCCACAGAAAUAGAGAACUUACGGAUCGAGAAUGGCAAGUUGAGGCAUGAUAUUAAGCUCUUAGAGACUGACUUCUCAUCAUUAAACAGCGAUCACAUAAAUAUUGUCCAGAAGAUGGUCGAUAUAAAAGUAACCCUACCGGACAUUGAAAACGACAAUGAAGAUCUCCAAAGAUCUAUUUCCGAGUUGAAGGACAAAAUAGAAGGUUUGGAAUCAAAGAUAAAUGCAGGUUCGGGUGAUAAUAACAGCUCAGAAUCGAGCCUAGGCCUACAAACACCUGCAUUACCAACAAGUAUAGAAAACAAUAUCCAAGAACUAUUAGCUAUAAAUGCCCAAGAAACAGAAAGGUUUGCCAACUUAGAAGAAGAGUUGAGUAACUUGCAAAUGGAAGAUGAAAGAUUGAACACAGAGCUACUGAACGUUAAACAAUCCAAAUGGUUAUUUAAUAGGUGGAAAUAG